GCCCUUUAACUAACAUGUAACUCUUCUGUGGAUUAGGAUGUGACAGAUUGCUUGAGGAAAUGCCAGUCUGACUACGACUGCUGUGUUCAGUGUUCAGUAACCCAGAGAAAAGCCUACGUGCCCAAUAAGAGCGCUAACACAUAGCAAGCCAACCCGAUGGCGUCCUCUACUGCUGUGCCUGUAGGAUUUCACUAUGAAACAAAAUACGUAGUUCUCAGCUACCUGGGGCUUUUAUCACAAGAAAAGCCACAGGAGCAUCCUUCUGCUUCAACUCAAGGGACUCAACAACAGCUUAUGGCACAACAUGCUUCAGAGAAAGAGGCUUUGGAAAAGAUUAAAAUAGAAAUCGAGGAGGAGCUAAAACAUCUUGAUGAAGAGAUCUUGGAAGGUGCUCUUCGAAUUUUCCCCUCACAAUUGAUAAUUGGUUAAUUUAUAACAAGUACU